UCUAUUUUGGGUUCUCGGACGUGAUAUAAAUUACAAGAGUACUAAUGUUUUUUUUGUUCUUGUUGUUUGUGCGGUUCAAUUGCAUCUCGUUUUGAAAGUGCUGACGUCCAGUGAUUAACUUGGCUGCUCUGUUCCGCCAAAGCCCGAAGCUAAGGAUCGUAAGCUAAUAUUUAGCAUUUCUUUGCUAAUGUUUUCUCAUGAGCGGCCUAACGAAACAAAAUAAUGAAAAUGGAGGCACCUAUAAUUUCUUAUCUUAUACCCCACCAUGUGUCGUAAGUGUCCGUAACGCUACCUUUCUUGUUCUUAGCAACGACAUUGCUGUCACUUGAUGGAAACAAUCUGGGUUUGUUGUGCCUAAUGAGAACCGUAUGCUAGUGCUGGGCCUGUCCCACACGUAGCUUUCACACAAAAGAACUUCUGUAAGAGAUGGGGGAUGACCGCCCAUUUGUCUGCACCGCCCCAGGGUGUGGACAGAGAUUUACUAAUGAAGAUCAUCUUUCUGUGCAUAAACACAAACAUGAAAUGACAUUAAAAUUUGGUCCUGCUAGAACAGACUCUGUUAUAAUAGCAGAUCAGACCCCUACACCCACACGUUUCCUGAAGAACUGUGAGGAAGUUGGACUAUUCAAUGACCUGGCCAAUUCCUUUGAACAGGACUUUUGCAAAGUACAGGAAGAGGAACACAGGACAAAAACCACAGCGUUAUCCUUACAAACACAAUGUGUAACUUCACAAACAAAAUGUAUAACAAAGGAUGAAGAUGAAGAUCCUUUAGAAGUGGAUUCUUCCCCUCCUGAUAGUCCCGAUUCUUCGUCCAGCAUGUCGGAUAUCAGCAAAGACUCAAGGGAGAUUCUUUCAAAACCAGUGGCAAGUUCUGCCCCAACUCCUACUAUUGUACGUCCUGGUUCUCUGCCUCUUCACAUGAGCAAUGAUCCUCUUCACCCAACGCUGCCAUCUCCAACAUCUGUCAUCACGCAGGCCCCACCCUCCAAUCGACAGCUCAGCUCACCGACAAGCUCUUAUCCCCUCGUAAGGCACCUUGCUAAUGCUAAUGGUCAAACAGUCCCUCUGUUGCCCAGUCCUGUGCAGAUGACAUCAGUCAUAUCGCUGGCGAGGCACGGGAACUCUGUGCCCAACAUUCCUGGGAUCCCAGGACCCCCAGUGGGCGGUGCCAGCAGCGGUUCAUCCUCCCCAUCAGGUUAUCAUCUGCAAUCUGAGACCAAGAUGCGCUUGAAGGCAGCCCUAAGUAAUCAAGGCUCAGGAGCACAUGAUGUUGGUGGUGGCGGUUUGGGGGCAGGUUCCUUCCCAGCCGUACCGCAGAAACAGGAACAGAGCCAGCAACCCACUCAAAAUUCAGAUGCACCAUCACCUGCCCAACCACAGGUGUCCCCUGCGCAGCCAACUGGAGGCCGGCGGCGGCGAGCCUCUGAGAUGGACCCGGAUGAGAGGAGACAGCGUUUUCUAGAAAGGAACAGAGCAGCUGCCUCACGAUGCAGGCAGAAACGAAAGUUGUGGGUGAAUUCUUUGGAGAAGAAGGCAGACGAUCUUGCAAGCAUGAAUGUCUCUCUAACGAAUGAAGUAACGCUCCUCAGGAAUGAGGUGGCUCAGUUGAAGCAGCUCCUCCUUGCCCACAAAGACUGCCCUGUCACUGUUAUGCAGAAGAAAGCUGCUUUCUUAGGUGCAGGAGGAGAGGAAGCCCCCCGAGAGAUCUCAGCCGAACCAAUCGGAUCCCCCGCAGCGGUCAUCCAGCACGGGCCGUCUCCAUCGGCCCCGCCCUCCAGCCCUGGGCCCACCAUCAAUGGAAUGAGCGUUCGCGCCGCAGAGGCGGUGGCCAUGUCCGUCUUGGCCGGCAUGGGAUCGGGCCAGCCAGGAGGGGUCGUCAUGGUGACGCAGUCCCAGCCAACAUCGAGAUGAUGUGCUGACGCAGGUAGCCAGUGUAAACUCGAGUGGCAUUUCGGAGGCUGAACUGGUGUGACGUGUUGAACUGAGUGAGUCUCCCUCAGCCCCCGACCCCGUCCUCCCCACGUGGCCAAUGAUAAUCACACAAAGACAUGGCAUUCGUCUUCUCUCCAUGUAUGUAAAUAGGGAAAACACUCUACAGAGUUUGAGGUCACAUCCUGUCUUUGAAUGGAAAAAAUCUACAUCAGUCUUUUAUCACUUCAGUCCCACACAAAAUUCAGUGCCUGUCUGUAUGUGAUCCACAAACCAGGCUUUGAUGCAUCUGACUGAUUAUUUGACUGAGAUAUCAUUCACUCUUUUGUUCUGAAACAAUGGUUUACUGAUCCACUGUGAUGCAGUGACUUUUCGAUGAGAUAUUUGGCUUGUUGCGGGCUCUUGUUUCUUUUUACUUUGCUUAUAUUGUUUUUCAUACGUACAUACACUGCCUGGAGCCCAAAAAGUCACUCUCUUAUAUUUAGCUGGGUUACCUGUAGCUUCAAAUACCUUGGCUUGGCAUUGGACAAGCUUACACAAUGUCCUAAACUAAAUUUCAUCCCUUUCGUCUUCAUGCGCUAUGAAUCAAUCACUCUGGAACAAAGUCAAUGAGCAUCAAUAUCCAGAUUUAGCAAGCUUUAGAUUUCAUUUUUUAAAUUUAGUCCCAAUACCAACAGUUCUCUUCCCAUUUAUUGCUUGAUUGGUAUAGCGUUCUUUCACUGCUUGAAAUAGCAGAAAACCAGAGGCUUAACAAUAGUUUCUACAUAUUGGAAUUCACUCAACCCUUUUUAAGGCAACUGACUUUUUUGAUCAUUUAAAUUUUUUUAAAAAGCAGUAACAACAACCCCAUAAAGAUCUGGCGUCCACUUAUGGGGACCUCACAUUUUGGGUUCAGUAGGCCAUAAUUUUUAACAUUUGGUAUACAAGUGUGGCCUACAGGACCCAAAAUGUGUUGUCCACAAAGGUGGACGCCAUGUAUCAAUUAUUAUCAUAUAUAUAUUUUUUAAAUUUUUCAUAAAUAUUUUAAAAGUACUGUAUUUAUAUAUUUUUCAUGAAUAUAUAAAUUAUAAUAUUAAUCAAAUGAAACAGACAACAUGAAUAAAAACAAAUCCUCUGUUAAACUCUGGUUAUUGCCCCCAAUAAUACACAGAAAUGUGGUUUUAUUUACCGUAUUGGCCGAAUAUAAGACGGUGGUUUUUGCAUUGAAAUAAGAUUGAAAAAAAGGGGUUCGUUUUAUAUUUGCGGUCAAGACGUUAUACCUGUUCACGACGCUAGAUGACGCCAGAUAUCAUUGAAGCGAUGUUCUGUUAUGACGGAUCUCAGCUACUCUCCCCAUUCACGCUAGAUGGCGCCAGAUAUCAUUGAAGCGAUGUUCUGUCAUGACAGAUCUCACCUACUAGUUUAACCAGUUUGCGUUAUUUUAUUGCAAUGUUUUUCCUUAUUCAAAUUUGUUUCAAGACUACAGUUACAGUUAGACUUCACUUUGAUGGUUAAUGCAGUUAUUGCAAUUUUGUUGUUUUAUCACAAAAGAUUGGUUUAUUUACAUUUCAAAAACCAAAAGCCAUUCAUUUACAUAUGUGAUUGCACUUUAGUUUGCAUAUUUAAAUGUUCAGAUAUUAAGAUUUGAAUGAGGCAAAAUAACAUGCUUUUCUCUCAAAUAUAUUGUAAUAAUCAUUUGUUUCAGAUGUACUGUAAUUAUUCUCUGUAUAAAAAUUUGGUGUUCAAAAAGUCUUUUUUUCAAACUUGAGUCUUGAAAAAGAGGGGGUCGUCUUAUAAUCAGGGCCGUCUUAUAUUCGGGCCAAUACGGUAUAUUUUUGUUUAAUUUUUUUAUAUUUAACAUGAUCAAACUCAUUACCUGCCUUUCACAAUGAUAGACAUCCAAUUCCUUUGAACUGGGAGACUGGCUGUGAAUGCUCAUCUUUCAGUACAAUCGAUAAUGCUAGACGUCCAAUCCAUUUUGACGGGGAGGGGUGGCAGUGAUCACUUGCUGCCAGUCCUCAGUCAAAAUGGGUUGGGCGUCUAGUACCUUCAAUAACAGGUUAAUAUUGAAAUCAUUCUUCUUUCACAAAUUUUCUUAUCAAAUAUAAUGGUUCACCACUAGUGUUUCACCUUAUGUUUGGCAGUUCUCAAUCCAGGUAAAUAAUUUGAGUCUUUUACACUACCACUUAAUAUAAACAUAUCUCCUAACGUUGCAAUUUGAAAACUUUUAAUCACCAAAGUAAUUAUCCAAUGGAUAACUUUUACCAGUUUGUCGAGUAGUCAAAUCCAUUUUGUGAGGUUUUGUCAGGCAGUUUGUCAUUUUGAUUUUAUCGUUUAACUUGACGGUGUGUCAAGGUAUUGCAUGACGAGCAGCUAGCCCCGCUCUCCCGUGACUUUUGUUUUGGUUUGUGACCGGGCGCCAAAUUAAGAGAUAUCAAACGCUGUGACUGCAUGAAUUGAUCACAGUUGAGGUAUAUCACUUUGUUUGUCACAGUUUCGAGUCAUUGGUAUGCAUUUUAGCAAUUUUUAUGAUGUUAGGGAGUCCUAAAUCUUAAUGCUUAGCUUUAGAUGACCUUUAAGAAUGGGAAAAAAUGAAUAAAAUACAGUGCCCUCCAUAAUUAAUGGCACCCCUGAAAAAGAUGUGUUUUUUAGCUUCUAAUAUAUAUUUUUUUAAAUUCAAAUAAUAGGAACCUUAAUGGGAAAAAAAGAGAAAAAUCCAACCUUCAAUACAAGUGCAUUCAUUCAGUGGGGAAAAAAAUCCCACAUAAAGAA